AAGAUUCAUUUCCGACCUAUUCUGACCUCUCCCUCCUUCCAUCAACACCCCCAACCAAAACUCACUUCUUUUUCUUUCAAAAUUCAAAACAAAACAAAAACCCUAAAAUUCAUCACAAAUAAAAACACUCCCUCCAUUCCCUUCGAUCCUUGUCAGAAACCCUUAUUUUCUGACAUGCGAUCAUUCUAAAUUAUACAAAGAUAUAUAAUAAUAAAAUAAUAAAAAUGUCAGAAGACGUUCUACUACACUUUACAUCAAACUCAUCAAAUCAAUCCGAUCAAUCACUGCCAUCCAAAAUUGCCAAACUUGAAGCUCGAAUGGUCGGUAAAACAACGCCGGUUUCCGCGUCUUCUGCUGUUGCCACUGCUAAGUUUGGACCUAAUGGCGCUGCUUCCGUUUUCACCGAGUCGUUAGAUUCUAGCGAUUCCGAAGAGGAUGAUUCUAAUGGGGGAGAGUUUCUCAUACAACCUAACUUUCAGAAGCGUAGAAAGCUCGCUGAUGAUGCUGACUCAACUGCAUCUGACCAAGCUAAGGUAGUGGCAGAUGUGAGGCAAAAGGUUGCAGAAACUGUGGAGGUUAAGAGCAGCUCAGAUGUAAAUAGAAGAAAAAUCCGUAGUAAGGGAAAUUCUACUCCAGCCAGAGGACGUGCUUCCGUAGUUAAUGAUCAGACAAGAAUACAGAACUCGGCCACAAAUGGCCUUCUCGAGAACUCACAUCAGAAGGAGAGUAGCAAGCUGAAGGAACACUUUGGACAAAAUGAAUGUGCUUUGUUAGAGGAGGAAAUCACAUCCUUGCGCGCCAAGAUAACAACCCUAGAGGAUGACUUACGUAAAGCACGCCAAGAGGCCUCAGAAUAUCAACAUCUAUGCCAACAGUUGGAAAAGGAACUUAAGGAGGUAAAAAGUAAUGAACAGCAGGUUAAACCAAAGAGACUGAAAGUAAUAUCUGAUCUGCUGAUAUCUGUGUCUAAAGCUGAGCGACAAGAAGCAAGAAUGAAAGUACGACAUGAUUCAUUGAGGCUUGGCAAUGUCGGAGUUAUCAGAGCUGGAACAGUCAUAUCUGAGACAUGGGAAGAUGGACAAGCCAUUAAAGAUCUUAAUGCUCGGCAGAGGCAUUUGCUAGAGUUGAGGGAGGCUGUUGAGAGGCAGCGGAAGUCAUUAAAGAAAAAACAGCCAGAUAAGGGUGAUGGAAGCGAUGCUGAAUCGGGAGCUUCAGAAGAAGAUAUCAUCAUCCAGGAUGAAAUUUACAAAUCCCGUCUAGCCAGCAUCAAGCGUGAAGAGGAAUCCUAUGUGCGUGAACGAGAUCGAUAUGAAUUAGAGAAGGGACGCCUCAUACGUGAAAUGAAACGUAUUAGAGAUGAGGAUGGUUCUCGUUUUAAUAAUUACCAGAUCCUAAACCAUCGAUAUGCCCUCUUGAACCUUCUCGGGAAAGGAGGAUUCAGUGAGGUGUACAAGGCAUUCGAUUUGGUGGAGUAUAGGUAUGUGGCAUGUAAGCUUCAUGGCUUAAACGCCCAAUGGAGUGAGGAUAAGAAGCAAAGUUACAUACGUCAUGCUAUACGAGAAUAUAAUAUCCAUAAAACCUUGAUACACCAUCACAUUGUUCGUCUAUGGGACAUCUUUGAGAUAGAUCAAAAUACCUUUUGCACGAUUUUGGAGUAUUGCAGUGGGAAAGAUCUCGAUGCUGUUCUUAAAGCAACCCCCAUACUACCAGAAAAAGAAGCUAGGAUAAUUAUUUUUCAGAUAUUUCAAGGACUUGUAUACUUGAACAAAAGAAACCAGAGGAUUAUUCAUUAUGAUUUGAAACCUGGGAAUGUACUAUUUGAUGAAUUUGGUGUUGCAAAAGUUACUGAUUUUGGUCUUAGCAAGAUUGUGGAGGACGAUGUCGGUUCUCAAGGCAUGGAGCUCACAUCCCAGGGAGCUGGAACAUAUUGGUACCUCCCACCAGAAUGCUUUGAGUUAAACAAGAUUCCCCUUAUUUCGUCAAAGGUUGAUGUGUGGUCAGCUGGUAUUUUAUUAUACCAAAUGCUUUUUGGAAGACGUCCUUUCGGGCAUGAUCAGACACAAGAACGGAUAUUGCGUGAAGAUACUAUAAUCAAAGCCCGAAAAGUUGAAUUUCCUUCAAGACCUUCUGUGUCAAAUGAAGCAAAGGAAUUUAUCCGGCGAUGCUUAACAUAUAACCAGGAAGAUAGACCUGAUGUGCUAACUAUAGCUCAAGAGCCGUACCUUGUAUACUCCAAGAAAUGAUUCCAAGUGGAGAACAGCCACUUGAUAGAUAUAAGUGAUUUUUGCAGCCACUGGCUGAUCUUCCCCAUGAUCAGUUACCAAAAGUUGUGGCAGUUAAAUAUCUUUGGCUGAAAAAGCUACAGGAAUCCAAAAAAGCCUAGGCAUAGGUCCAAAGAACAGCAAAUAUGGAAAAUUUCCUCAAGUAAAUUGUGAAGUGUUCAGUUCUCUUUUUGACCCAGAAGUUGGGUUUUUUCUUCUUCUUUAGUCUCUACCAAAACAAUUGUACUCUUUGUUGUACGAGUUUCGUUAACAUUUUGGAUGUAAAUAUGAGGAUAAGGGAGACCUUACCUUAAUGGGGAAGUGGGAAUUUGGUAUGAGCAUUCAAACGAUGUCUCAAGUUAUUCUUGUGUUUGGAAGGCAAUGAAAGCUCUGUUCCCCCCACCCAGUGCUGUGUGUGUAACUUGUUAUCAGCUACUAUUGUAUGGCAGAAACAUUAGUCGAGUUCAUUGUAUGUAA